UCAAACUUAACUUCCAUUCUGUCUCUAUCUUCUCCUCUCUUCAACACUUUCACUCUAAAUUUAAAUUCAAAUUUCAAACUCAAAAUCACAAACAGAAACAGAAAAAACAUGGGUUGCGUUUCUUCCAAUUUCCUCAACAACGAAGACGAGUUGAAUCAACUCGGUCACUCAGCACUCGGCGUCGGCCACCACAUCGUUUCUCUAACCUCCACCACUUACGGCCUCCUUAACACCCUCGAUCCAUCCACCACCACCGCCACCGCCACCACUCCACCACCACCAUCUUCUCGUUUCACCCUCAAACCUCCCCGUUCCGAUUCACCAGAAAUCAUCAAUUCUUGGGAACUCAUGGAAGGCCUCGACACCGAAAGCUUCCGCUUCUCACCCCUUCCCAAAUCCUCUCACAAAGAAAACACCAAUCCAAACCUAAACCUAAACCCUAAGAAACCCGGUUCUGUUUCCGGUUCGGUUCUUUCGGAUCGGUUUGAGCGAAUAUGUCCACCGAACGGAGAGAAGAAGGUUGUGAUCUAUACAACAACAUUGAGAGGUGUUAGGAGGACGUUUGAGGCUUGCAAUGCGGUUCGAUCAGCGUUUGAUGCGUUUGGGAUUCAAAUCUGCGAGCGUGACGUGUCUAUGGAUAGCGGGUUUAAGGAAGAAUUGAGGGAGCUUCUGAAGGGGAAGGAGAACACGGUGGUUCCGCCGAGGGUUUUUGUGAAGGGCUUUUACAUCGGUGGUGCUGAGGAGAUGUUGAAGGUUGCUGAAGAGGGUUUGUUGGGGGAAGUUCUUCAAGGUUUGCCGAGGAAAGUUGUGGGUGGUGUUUGUGAUGGUUGUGGGGAUAUGAGAUUUUUGCCUUGUUUUAGGUGUAAUGGAAGCUGCAAAAUGGUUCAGAAACAGAAACAGGGGAAUGCUGUGGUUGUUAAGUGUAGUGAUUGUAAUGAAAAUGGGUUAGUUUUGUGCCCACUUUGUAGUUAGUUGAUUAUGGUUUUUGUUUUGUUUUUAGACAUUUUAUGUUUAUUAAAUAUCUUACUUAAAAUGAUCCUUUGCUUUUCUGCAUUGUU